CGACUGCGCAUGCGUUCCUCUCAACACUCCACCGCCUUUAAUAGGCGUUAUGCCUCCCUCUACUGCGCAUUGAGCAACAACAGCUCUUAGAAGGCAACGAGGCCAUACAAUCAACAAACGCAAAGAACAAUUAUGAGUCAAGCCGGCUCCCGUCCGCCUCCCUAGGCCACGCCCCAACGAGCGCCCCGGUGACGUCACCAUGACGCAGCAUUGGCGGCAAUUUGGAAUCCGAUUGCGCGCUCUUCCCGUUUGUCGCUAUGACGACCCUGGCCGCGUUUGAAAAGUUGCCGACGCUUAAUUCCGCCACCAUUUUGCUAGUGGGAACAAAUUCCGUUUUCCAGCAGCAGUUAGCAGAGGCAAUUCUUAAGGAAAAACAAGAUUUAAAAAUAAACAUUCACUUGACAACCUUUCUCCCUUUACCUACGGAGAGAGAUCACAUUCGACCCCGGAUUGAUCUGAUUGUCUUUAUCAUUGACAUUCAGAGCAAAUACAGUUUUAAAGAAAUCGAAGCAUCGCUGUUACAUGUUGAUGCCAACUUUUUCCUCGGAAAAGUGUGCUUUCUGACCACAGGUGUUGGUAGAAUGGACCAAAUGAGUGUGGAUAUGAAUGCUGUCUUGAAGCUGGCAGAUCGCUACUGUAGUCCUGUUCUGUUUUGUGAGUUGGAAGUCUCCCAAUGAAAGACUCAGGGAUAACAAUACUGAGGAGAGUAACAAGAAAGGGUGUAAUCCGGAACAGGAAGUUUUGAGCAGCAAGCCAAAGGCCCUUGAGGAUGUUUCUCACACACUACAAUACAGAUGGAAGCAAGUCUCUUUAGCGUAUAUCCACGGGUCAGCAACUGCAGUCUGCAUAAAUUGUCUGACAGGAAUGAGAUUACCAGUUGGGCUCAGCAGGAAGCUGACAGAAACAAACCCUGCUAGCAGAACCCUGCCAUCUUUACCACUUUCAAUUAAGACACAGCAGUUGCAACUGUCACGUAAAUGUUGUCUUGGCUUCAGGGAAUCGUAACCUGAAAACCAAAGAGUGAGGAAGGAUGCGUAGUGACUAGACACAGCUGCACAUGCAUCCAUUAAGACUGCUGGCUUCAGCAGUAACCUCACACAAUCUCCUCUUGGCAAUCCAUAUUUAAGCUCACUUACUAUGAAGGUGGUUACAUGGCAGAGAUAGUGUGAAUACCUCCACCAACCAGUUCUCUUAUUUUUAAGAGGAAGGUCUUAACAGCAGAUUGAAUGGAAGAAAUGAGACAUCAAACUAGUGAAACACCUUUAUUAAAACUGUUCUCAUCUAUACACUGAGGUGCCGCUGCCACCCAAUUUAUUGUAGCAGCACUUCUUAAAGGAACCAGAACCAGUUCCAAGGAACUAGGAAGAGAGAGAUUCCUUUCACUACAAAAAGUACAUUUCUGUGACAAAUUAAAAGAUAACCUGUGCUACAUUCCAAUGCCUACUUCACCAAAUGCACAGAGUGUGAUCUCUGUGUUCAUGCUGCAAAGUACAUAUGCACAGCUACACUGAGAGAGAAAAAACAUUGUGCAUCAGGCCAAGUGGACAAGAAAAGCAAAAUGGGCCAUACAGAGAGUUGGUCAUGCUUAUUUGCCUCUCUGAUGCCUUGCAGUUCUCACUGGAACCAGAAGAUGGUGGUAAGGUCUUUAUUAAAAGCUGAUUGCUUUAGGCUAAGUUUCCUAAUACUGCAAAUGUCAUUGUUCAAAUGUAUCCUAUCCAUGAAACAUUUUUAAAAAUCAAAAUCUCUUAAUAAAGUAUGUA